AUGGAUUCUUCGUCGGAUAUCCCUGCCGCCGGCAGAUCACCAAGAAUUAGAGAGCUCCAAGGUACUCGUCCCCCGCGUCUCAGAAUAAACACAGAAUCCCACAAGAUCAAGAAACGUUCCCCGGCGCAGCCACACUCUCAGCCUCGAAAGCCAGUCGUAAUCUACUUGGACUCACCUAAGAUAAUUCACAUCAGCCCAGAAAACUUCAAGACACUUGUUCAACGCCUGACCGGAUUGCCAUCAUCAUCCUCGUCUUCAUCUUCUUCCACAUCCAUCGUUGAUCAGUCUAGCAACCCUUUCAACGGCAACAACAAUGGUACAAUAUCGUCGACGGCGGCUCUUGAUCAAGGGAAGAAACAGCAAGAAGCUGGUGGCGUCGACGUGGGUGGCAUGGCAGGGAUAUUGGGUGUUGAUCGCGGGGUUGAGAUGAUGGGUUCUUUUCCGGGAAUACUGUCACCAGUGCCAACUACACUUCCUCCAAUUCCACCAAACUUUUUCUCCCCCCCAUCUGUUCCGACCCAUCUUAGCAAUUUCUUUCCCGAUUUAAGCCCUGUACUGCUUCAUGGUGGCACGAACAAUCACAUGGAAGGUAGUUUCAUGCCAAGUUCUUCGAACUUAGUUUCAGUACCACCAAUUACAUACCGGCCUAGUAUAACUUCAUCGAUAAAUUACUUAUUCAACAUUUCUUUGGGCAUGGAAGGUAGUACUUUCAUGCCUAGACCUUCAAGCUUUGGUUCACCUCCAAUGACAUACCCUAAUAAUUCAUGUUACUCAUUCAACAAUUCUUUUGGCAUGGAAGGCGGUUUCAUGCAGCCUAGUCCUCCAAGCUUUCAUGUUUCACCUCCAAUGGCAUACCCUAGUACAAUACCAUCCAUAGAUCAGUAUUCAUUCAACAAUUCUUUUGGCAUGGAAGGUAGUUUCAUGCAGCCUAGUCCUCCAAACUUUGUUUCGCCUCCAGUAUUGACAUACCCUAGUACAACUCCAAUAUCCAUAGAUGAUGACGAUGAUAUUGAUGAGAACUUAUUAAAUAGUUUUUUUGGCAAUUGA